AUGAAUUAUACAAACCUCAUGAUGCCAUCCGAAUCUGGUGCUCCAGCAAUGUCUGCGGCAACGAAGGACGUCCUCAGCCGGGUGCAGCGGAUGAUUCCGCCCAUGCUCGAGAAGUUUCACAAAGGGCAAUUGGGCCGCGUCGCCGUUCUCGGCGGCAGCAUCGAUUAUACGGGAGCGCCGUACUUUUCAGCCAUGGCGAGCGCCAGGCUAGGCUGCGACAUGUCCCACGUCAUCUGCACGCCCGGCGCAGCUUCGGUGAUUAAGACCUACUCACCAAACCUCAUGGUCCACCCCCUCAUGCGUCAAACCCCAUCGGACGCGGCACCCAGCGGCUCGCAGGACGCGGCGACGGACCCGGAGAAGAUAUCGGGCCCUAUCAUCGACAUGCUCUCCCGCCUUCAUGUGCUCGUGAUCGGCCCGGGGCUCGGCCGUGACCCGCUAAUGCAGGAGACCGUGGCGCGUGUCAUCCGGGCCGCCCGCGACCGGUCGAUCCCGUUGGUGCUGGACGCCGACGCGCUGCUCGUCGUGCAAAAGGACCCGUCACUGGUGCGCGGGUACGCGCUGGCAGUCCUGACGCCCAACGUCGUUGAGUUCUCGCGGCUCUGCAAAGCGCUCGAGGUUGAUGAGGGCAAAGCCAAGGAUAAGGUCAGCGGCGGUGGGGAGGAGGAGAAGGAGACGGCCAAGGUGGAGGCGCUGGCGAGGGCGUUGGAAGGGGUAACUAUCGUUCAGAAGGGAGCCAAGGACUUCAUCUCAAAUGGCAAGGAUACCUUGGUCGUCGACCUCCAGGGUGGUUUGAAAAGGAGCGGCGGGCAGGGCGAUACGCUCACGGGCUCGAUAGCGACGUUUUUGGGAUGGAGGCAUGCGUAUCUCGAGGGGUUAUGGGAUAGGGGUGGCGAAACCCUUGGAAAGGGUGAGUUGAUUAGACUUGCUGCCUUUGGAGGGAGCGCUAUUACGAGGGAAUCCUCGAGGCGCGCUUUCCUGAAAAGGGGCCGCAGCUUGCAGGCCAGCGACUUGACAGACGAAGUCCACGGGUCCUUCAUGACGCUGUUUGGUGAGGUGGAUGGCACCGCUGGCGCCACCAAGCUGUGA